AUGUCAGGGUUCAUUUUACGAGCAGCCAAUGAUUUUACUGUGGUGUUUUUGGGAACGUCUCGAAGUGAUGACUCGACAGGUGACCGGUUGAGCUAUCGAUAUACAUGCGCAAUUCUCAUUGCCUUCACAUUGAUCGUCUCGAAUCGAGAAUUUACAAUGAAACGUAUCCAAUGCUGGGUUCCAGCUUUUUUCACGGAAAAUUACGAAGAGUACACUAAUAACGUAUGCUGGGUUCGGAAUACAUACUAUCUUAAUGAUAACAGCGAUGUACCUGAGACCCCGCAUGCGCGACAGGAAACUUCAAUACGUUACUAUCAAUGGAUACCAUUUAUACUUUUAUUUCAAGCUUUUUUCUUUUUCCUUCCGUAUGUUCUAUGGAGAGUACUGUGCCAACGAUCAGGUAUUGACAUCCGAGAUGUUGUGGAAGCUGCAGCAAACUAUAAGAAAAGUACCGACGAGAAACAACGCGAACAGUUGAUGAACUUCAUGGUGUCAAUUAUCGAUCAGUACGUCGAUGAUCCACGUCGUCAAUCGGAUAAUCGUGAAACUGUCUGGUGGAAAAAAUGCUUUCUAAUGUUUUUUCCUUCGUCUGGCCGUUACAUGGGCGAUUACCUGAGAAAUCUGUUCAUCUUUAUUAAAAUAAUUUACGUCGCCAAUAUUUUCGGACAAGUGUUACUUCUAUCAUUUCUACUAGGACAACCAUUUUGGUCAUUAGGUUUUACUGUUCUCCGAUUUAUAUACGAAGGACGAGGUUGGGAUUAUCAAAGUCGAUAUUUUCCGAAAGUAACCUUAUGUGAUUUUCAAAUUCGUGAAGCCAAUUCAAUGCCAAUUGCACAUACUUACACUGUCAUGUGUGUUCUACCGAUCAAUCUUUUCAAUCAACAAAUCUUCACAUUUCUCUGGUUCUGGUUGGUAAUCGUCAUCAUCUUGACAAUUUAUGAUCUCUGCAUCUGGAUUUAUCGUUUAUUCUUUCGACGUGAAGUUUAUUUGGAAUCACGUUUGAAAGUUAUCGACUGGGAAAUCGCACAGAAGUGGCCGUACAAAGAUGCGUGCAUAGACCACAUUAAUGCGGCAGAAAAUGAACAUUUGAUGACAGUACAAAAUCGUAAUGAGUCAGAAUUAACGGAUGACCACGUGCGCGUUUUAAACGACGGCCGAAAAAUUCAUCAACAAUCACGCAUGUUUAUUGUACCGCGUAGCUAUUACAAACAUAAACGGAGUAUAUUCCAGUUUUUUAAUUACGAGUAUUUGGAAGCGGAUGGACAUUUUAUAUUACGAAUUAUCGGAACAAAUGCAAGCGAUUUCGUUGCAACGAAAAUUAUUCAUAAGUCGUAUGUUAUCUGUUGUGAAAGACGAUUUCGGGCUUUUGAGGUCCAGAAAUGUGAGCGUACAUCACGAGCAACUCUUUAUAAAUAUUUAAUCAUUCCGAAAGAAGAACAGCUAAAUGAACGAAAUCAAUCCAGCAGUGGUUCAGCAACAAAUCUCUUUCCGCCGCUUCCAUUACCGCGAUCAUCAUCCAUCAAUGCAGAUGACAAUCUCUCGCCCUCCGAUAUUGGUCCAGCAGUAUUAGAUCCUGGAAGAGAACAGCACUUGUCAAAACGAUCGCAAUCGAAACCUGACGAAAUUCAAGAGAAAUAA